UAUCAGAUUCUCCAUUAAAAAGCACAAAAGUUUUUUUUUUUUUUUUUUUUUUUUGUUAUUGUCGAUUUUAACUGAAGCGAACAGAGACAGAAGAUAUAUUAAAUAAACAGAGUUUUAUCAAAAUCAUAGAUAUGUUAUCGAGAAAGGUCAUUAAAAAGAUAUAUGCAGAUUUUGAGAAUGAAGGUGAUGGUGCUGUUGUUAGACGAGGCAUCACCAAGUAAGCUAGUUUUCUUUUUUUUCUUUCUCAAAAUUUAUAGGAAUAUCCAAUGCUUCACCUUCAAGUUUCAUAUAUUUUCCUUGUGCUUCAGGAGUGACCAAGAGUUGUUGGACCCGUUCGUCUCGCUAGUUGAAUUUUCCGGUAAAACUUUCUACUUCCAUAAUGUGUAAAUUAAAAUUUCUGAUUUUGAUGUUUACUUAUUUAUUGUUUGUUCAGUUUCACCUCCUGGUGGAUUCAAAGAUCAUCCUCACAGAGGUAGUAUCACCUAUUCAUUAUUUCUACAUGUACACAAAGCUUGCUCUGUUCUGUCAUGUUACUGAUGUGAUUAGAUCAACUGUGUGCAGGUUUUGAAAGUGUCACAUACAUGUUGCAAGUGAGAAACAUGUCUUCAUCGAUGAUUCGAGUCAAUAAUCAAAGCUUUUGUUUUUUCUUACUCGGAUCGAUUUAACUUGUAUAGGGAGGCAUCAUUCACCAAGACUUUAAUGGUAAUAAAGGUACAAUCCAUGAAGGAGAUGUUCAGGUAAAAAAAAAAAAAAAAAGACAUCUCAGACCAAAAGACUAUUGAAUCCUCUUAAGCUUUCUUGUUUCAUCCUUUUGAUUCUGAUUCUAUUGCAGUGGAUGACAGCAGGAAGAGGAAUCAUUCAUUCUGAAAUGCCUGAAGAACAAGUCAACAAGGGGUUACAGCUUUGGAUCAACCUCCCUUCCAGUGACAAAAUGAUGGAGCCUAAAAAUCUAGAUAUGUCGAGUUCAGAGAUUCCUAGAGCAGAUGAAUAUGGAGUAGAGGUCAAAGUCAUAGCUGGAGAGUCAAUGGGAGUCAAAUCUCCUUUCUACACAAAAACACCAGUCAUGUUCCUGGACUUUACUCUCGAUCCAAGAGUUCAAACCCACCAGACCGUUCCAGAGUCAUGGACCGCCUUUGCCUACAUUAUAGAAGGCGAUGAAGGCGUGUUUAGCUCCUCGGACUCUUCCACAGUACAAGCACAUAAUGUUGUGGUGUUUGGAACAGGGGACGAAGUUAGCGUGUGGAACACGUCAAGCUCUAGAUCGUUGAGGUUCUUGUUGAUUGCAGGGGAACCGAUUGGCGAGCCUGUGGUUGAGCGUGGGCCAUUUGUGAUGAACUCACAAGCUGAGAUUGAUAUGACGAUUAGGGACUAUCGUAAUGCCCAGAAUGGCUUUGAAAUGGCCAAGCAUUGGAGGUCAGAGUGAAGAUUUUGA